AUGGACAAAGAGACGUUCAGGAUGACACCGAAACGCGAGCGACGCGCGAGGCGCUUGGUGAUGAUGAUGAUGAUGUCGCUUCUGAUUUUGGGUUUGGUUUUGAUGGUGUUUAGAACGACUGCGGCGACUACAGGCGGUGGUGAAAAUGGUGGUAAAGGUCGUUACGAUCAUCCGUCGUCGUUGGCGUUCUCGUCGCGCGUUUCUACUACUUUCGGAGGUGGUGGCGGUGGUGGUGGUCGUGAUGCGAUGAUGAGUGAGAACGUCAAGGAUGGAUGUCACUGCGCGACGACGACGAGAGAACGACAACAAUGUCCGGAUUGCUCGGAAGAGUGCGAGUCGAUGAAAUCGAGCAACACAGCGAUCGACGAAUCUAUCGCCGGUUGCGAUGAGAAAGCGUUGAAGAAAGCGAGUUCGUCGAAAAUUGACGUGGAAAUAGCCGCGUUGCGAGCGCAGUUGCGAGAGGCGAACGAGAAGGUGAAAGAGUUGCAAGAUAUCAUGAAGGCGAAGUGUCACGUGACGGAUUACACGCAGUGCUCGUCGGCGUGUUAUUCUAGAGUUAUGCGGAUUAAAGAGCAAAACGCGCAGUGUCAGAAGAGAUUGCAGAGUCGAGGGUGCACUGAUUGUACGGUGGUGGCGGCGAGGUCGAUCUCGAAGGAUAGGAUUGCCACGAGGAGAGCGGCGUAUCAUUUGAUUGCGACGGCGUUGAAAGCGGAAUCGAAAUGCGGAGGGAGUGCAGGAACGACAAUUGAUGCGGAUAGGGAAAGAAUGAAAUUAGACGUGACAGAUAGAGAACGCGCGAGUGAGAUUCAGGAGAAGAUGACGAAGAAUCAAAGAGAAGAGAUUACCGGCGAGGCAGAUAUGGAUGAUUUUCUCAUAUCAACGAUUGAUAGAUCGACGCUUUUAGACGGUGCGUUGGCGCACGCUCUCGAAGAUUUGAGCAUCGGUAACGAGGAGGAUAAAGUCACUGCGGAGGCGUACGAGAAGGCGUUGAAAGAAAUUCGCGCGGCGGCGUCUGCCGGGGCGUCAGCUGAAAGCAAAUGGCUCGAACAACUGCGAAAUCGAGCGGAGGACAUCAAUCGCGAGGCAAAUUUGAAAGACUUGAUGAUGAAAAAAGCGGACGUCUUUCGACGCGAUAUGGCAUCGGAGCUGUCGUUUCCGUCCAUAUAUGGCAUUCCACAAAGUUUAGGUCGAGCGUUAUAUAAAGUUGCAAACACAGGGGCGAAGCACGCGAGAGAAAUGCUGAAACUUGCGCCGAGGUACAAUCGCGAUUUCAAAACGUGCGCGGUGGUUGGUAACUCGCAAAGGCUUUUACUCGACUUGAACGGGAAAGAAAUCGACGGGCACUCUGCGGUUAUUCGGAUGAACAACGCUCCAACGGUUGGUUUUGAUCGUUUUGUCGGGAAUAAAACUACCUUGCGUACGCUCAACUCGAUUUGGACGCAACGAUAUUCAAACACGCAAAUCGAUAGUAAUAAAGUUGCCAACGUCAUGCCGCUCGAGCUCGGGGUAACGUUAGUUGGUACUCGAGUUGUGCCGGGCGAUCACUUCGCGUUGCAACAGCGUUUGCGAAAAUCUGGACGCGGCGACGUGAGUUUUGUGAAAAUGACCGACCCGUCCAUCGCGCAGGCGGGUAAAUUGCUCCAAAAUUAUAAAACCGCGUUAGAGAGCGUGCGCAAACUAGAGUACGCCGGAAAAGGAAGUCCGAGUUCAGGAUUUUUGGCUAUUUUUGCAGCUUUGCAAAUUUGCGACCAAGUAACCGUCUAUGGCGUCGGAACGGAAUCGGAUUUACGUUCAGGGUCAUCGCAAUGGCACUACUGGGAGAAGGCGGAUUAUUACCAAACCUCUAGAGAAUUCGGCGAGGCGCCGCACCACAGUUGGGAACUUGAACGCGACGUCAUGCUCGUUUUGGAAGCGACGAAGAAACUGCGCAUCGUGACGCCAAAAUCGAGAGACGAUCAGGCAGCGACAAAAGCCGAGCGAAUUGCUACGGCCGCGAUUUUGGCCUCGGACGCGGCUGUUCGACGACAUCGCACGAAAGCAAACCAGCAGUGUGCGCGAGUCGGCUUAUCCGUGUGUGGAUGCGACGCCGAGAGCGACGCGUUGCACGGCGGUAGCGGUAUCUUGGAAGUUGCUGGAAAAGUAUCUCAUGGGAACCGCCCCGCUGCGAAAGCAUCGGUCACUUUGCAGAAGUUUGAUAAGACGGUUGCGAAGAAGGACGACGUUUCAGUCGUACAACGCGCGGCAAUUGCGUUGGCACAUUCGUACCAUCUCGAGUUGCCGGGCGUUGCCGCCGGCAGCACUAGCAAGAAGAAGAAAGGAACAAGCGCGUCUUCAAGCGAGGAGGCGGAUGGUGACGAUGCAUCGAAUGAGGAAGAAAGCUCUGAUGGAGAAUCAAAUGAUUCCGUUUUGGAUGCUGCGAAUAGCGACGACGUCGUGUCCGAAGACCACCACGCGGAGAGCAAUAACGGUGCGAGCCAUGGUGGUCACGGGUUUAUGUCGAACUUUUUCCACGGCAAUCACGGUGGGAAUUAA